AUGGUCUCGUUCAAAGACAUUCAAGAGGCGCACGUCCGUGUCUCACCGUACACUCACUAUACGCCCGUACUCACCAACCAGGCGAUCGACCAACUCGCGACCGAGUCACUCUUUGGCCCUGCCACAUCUGCUUCUCCUUCGCCCAGACCUCGCAUACGUCUCGCCUUUAAAGCCGAGCAUCUUCAGCGCGUAGGAGCAUUCAAGUACCGAGGCGCUACCAACUCUGUGCUUGUCCACCUCGGCGCAGCUAAAGCGCAACACGAUGCCUCGGCAUCCAAAUCGACCAAGUUCAGCCCGGGCAAGCUGGUUGUUGUAACGCAUUCCAGCGGAAACCAUGCUGCUGCGCUUGCGUGUGCUGCCAAGUCGGCCGGCUGUGUCGCAGCGGUUGUGAUGCCGAACAACGCGCCCAAGCCGAAGAAGGAGGCGGUUGCUGGGUACGGCGCCAGAAUCACGUUCUGCGAGCCAACGCUCGAGGCACGUGAAUCGACGGCCGAGGCUGUCAUGCAGGAUUACGAGAAGCAGGGGUAUAUCGUGCGCUUUGUACAUCCGUAUGAUGAGCCAUUAGUGAUUGCUGGGCAGGGAACGAUGGCGCUCGAAUUGCUGGAUCAGGCUGCACAACUGGAGGAGUGGGCAACUUGCUCGCAUGCAGCUGAUCGCAUACCGUCAAACGCAAGACCACUGCAUGGUACAAGAAACGUCGCUCCCUCCGGCCCGAAGGCGGAGUCAGUAUGGCGAAAGAGAGACAUGUCGGAAGCUGCGCUCGAUAUCAUCAUCGCUCCCGUUGGAGGCGGAGGAAUGCUCUCUGGUGUCGCUACCGCAAUCAAGGGAGCCGACGACCGAAUCGUUGUCAUCGGCGCUGAGCCCGACCUAGUCGACGACGCUUUCCACUCAUACCAAACAGGUUCAGUACAACAGCCACCGCAGCCUCCGAAAACCAUCUGCGAUGGACUCCUCACCUCGCUCUCGCCUCUGACACUCGAACACAUCCGAAAUCACGUCGAUGGCAUCGUCACGGCUCGUGAAGAAAACGUGCUGAAAGCCUUACAGCUGCACUGGACCCGACAGAAGCAGUUUGUCGAACCAAGCGCUGCCGUUGGCCUUGCUACCGUGCUGCAAGGCUUCAAUCAAGCUGCAGAGCAGGCAGGUGGUGCUUUGACAGACUCGACCAAUCGAUCCCUUUGGGGUCUCCGAGACUGGGUACACCACCUGGCUGAUCAAAAACGUCAAAAAGGCGAGACGCAACCCGAGAUUCGCAUUGGUAUCAUCUGGAGCGGUGGCAACAUGGAAGUCGGAAAAGUAGUGGCCAAGUUCGAAGAGUAUGGAUUGUAA